CUUUCCGUCCUGCGCGUUGACUUGCGGAGCUCCGUCGGGGGGUGCGAUCAUGAGGAACUCUCUGCGGCAGCCGGGCCUGGUGCUCCUGCUGGUCACCUGCCCCCUGCUGGCCGUGCUGCAGGGCGUCACCAGCAAGGCGGAGAGCGGCCACCUCGGGGACACCGACCCCGACCGCUGCAUGAGGCACCACUUUGUGGAGACCAUCACCCACCCCAUCUACAAGUGCAACUCCAAGAUGGUCCUGCUGGCGCGCUGCGAGGGCCACUGCAGCCACACGUCGCGCUCGGACCCGCUCAUCUCCUUCAGCUCGGUGCUCAAGCAGCCCUUCAAGAGCACCUGCUUCUGCUGCCGGCCGCACACCUCCAAGCUCAAGGCCGUCCGGCUGCGCUGCUCCGGGGGCACGCGCAUCACCGCCACCUACCGCUACAUCCUGGCCUGCAGCUGCGAAGAGUGUAGCUGAACAACACACACACACACAAACACACACAUAAAGACACACACACACACACACACAUAAAGACACACACACACACACACACACAUGCAAUCACACACACACACACACACACACAUGUAUACAGAGUUGGGAUUCUGCCGUUACACACUAUCGACCAUUUCCAUCCCUAUGUAAACACUACCUGCUGUGGACUCUUUCACAGCAGCUGUGACUGUUGCUUGAAGAGAAGCUGUACCUGAAUCGCAUGACGCUUUGAAAGUCCCGCCAAAUUCUUCACUGGCCAGUCUCCACUGUACGUGUACAACAGCACGAGAAAACAAAAUGGAGAACUGAGCACACACACACACACACACACACAAAAAUAUAUUAUACAGAGUCUCCCUGCUACCAUUCCUGUGAGUGUCUCAACAUGUAACAAAUCUAGAGCAUUGCAGAAGAACUCACAUCUGAAUCUGUGUAUAACAAUAACCGUCCACAAUAACCCUAGGGGGAAUGACCUCUCCCCUCAUCAGCUUCUGAGCAUCCCAGAGAAUGGCCUUUGCCAACCAAGAAUCCCUAAACAUGUGUCCAUGUUUCACCAUAAAUCCUGUCCAGCAAUGGGGACAAGAGAUGUGACGAAAAGAAGGAGAAGGAGAGGAGGAAUAUUGAGAAGAAGAGCAGACAUCUUGUGAGGAAUAUACCUGUGGGUAAAUAAUGACCAUAACUGCUUAACCAAAACUGCAUGGAGAGCAUCUGAAUCCAGUUAGCGCUGAACCAGCCAGGCAUUAGGACCACUCUAAGUUCCCAUCCCAAAACAACAACACUCUUACGACUGUCCAAAUGCAACUACAACUGUCCAACUGCAACAUGUUCAGCCUGGACCUCUCUGGCUUUCUUUAUUUUGUUUUAGCGUGUCAUUUUUUUCGCUCCUCUGUGUGUUUAUUUUCACCGCUGUACAUAGCGGAGUGAGAGAAGCUAGUUUCACGACUCAUUAGAGAUGGAAACAUGGAUGGGGCUGUUGCCAGACCUCGUAAAAAGGAGAAGAACGCAAACCACAAACUUUAAAAAAAACAAAAGUUAAGAAGUACUCACACCCACCCACACACACACACACACACCCACACACACACACACACACACACACACACACACGCACGCACCCACCCACACACACACACACAAACACACACACAUGCAAUAAUUAAUGCGUGAAGAAAUGUUGUGCUGAUGAGAUGUGUGGAAUAGUCUCUGUGCACCUGUGCGCUCUAUCGCAUUCUAGCUCCUUUGAUCCCUGUGUGUGAGCGCAUGAGAGAGAGAGACAGAAAGACGGAGAGAAAAGAAAGAGUGCAGAGGGGGAGAGGAGGAGAGAUAGAGAGAGAGAGAGAGAGAGAGAGAGAGAGCAAAUGAGAGAGCGAGUGAAACUGGCAAAGGGACGGCGUAGCGGUGGGCCCCAGGCAAACUCCACUUGUCAGGUGGGCGGCCGGCCUCUGCCUCUCCCAGCUGGAGCCGUCCCAGGGCGCUCCGCAGAGCGUCCAGCCGGCCGACCGGCCCCUGAUGUGGUGACACCGCUCUGGCCUCCUGCCUCUCCAGCUGCGCUGCUCGGGCACUGCGGCCCAGGAGUGUGUGUGUGUGUGUGUGUGUGUGUGUGUGUGUGUGUGUGUGUGUGUGUGUGUGUGUGUGUGUGUGUGUGUGUGUGUGUGUGUGUGUGUGUGUGUGUGUGUGUGUGUGUGUGUGUGUGUGUGUGUGUGUGUGUGUGUGUGCGUGUGUGUGUGUGUGUUCCGGAAAGUUUUGUACUGACUGACUGACUGGCUCUAGACUUAAAGGAUUUGGGGAUUUUUUUUUUUUUUUCACCUUGAAUGUUCAAAUCAAUUAUCCACAAUUACUGCCUUGACUCAAGUUAUCUCAACAGUGCUGUUGUUUUAUUAUGAUUAUUCUUUAUCAAUAAUAGUUAUUAUUGUUGUUAUUACCAGUGUCACUUUUUUGUUAUUAUUGUAAUUAUUGUUUCUUUACUUAUGGGAGGAUUUCAGUGCUUUAGCCUAGAGAUUUGUUUCCAGUCCCUGCAUGGACUAAGUCUAUUCAACUUGAUCAGACAUAAGAUGAUCGCCACCGUCACCAUUAUAGUCAUAACCAUCCUCAUCCACAUCUUUGCCAACUCUACAAAAUAAACUAGAUAUCAAUGUGUCCCAUCCUUUACUGCGGACCUUGGAAGAGAGUGUGACUGUCCACCCUUUGAACUAUCACAGAAAAAGUUCAACUUCAAAACGUUUGCUCAAAUGAGAGGUGAAAUGCUGCAAGGCAAGCCUCAGAGAUUUAAAUGCGCUGACAUAAACGAUUUUGUGUAAAACUGACAUUUUUAAUAUUGAAUUGGGAGUGACAGCCUCUCCCUCCCUUAAUAGUGAAUACCACACAUGGAAUGUGCCACAAUUGUAAGAUUACAUCAAAAGAAAAAAUUCCUUUAGGUUCAGAUAAGAUAAAGGUGCCCCCUUUCACAAACCCCUUUGUUCUCUCUGCCUGAAACCGUACCUCUGGAGAUACUGAAAAAUCUGCUUGUCCAACAACUGUUUUAAUCCAGAAUCCCAUCUGACAUCUGAUGGGCUCCACAUGUGAAUAUAAUAAACAGUUUCCUUUUGUUUCUAAA